AUGGGCGUAGACUCUCAAAUCAUCAAUGAAUUAGAUGAUAUGUUCUUUAGCAUUGUUGAAUUUCCCAUUGUACUUUCAAAAUAUGGGACUCAUAUAACCUCGUGGGUAAACCGCUUCUGUCAACAGAUGCUUCUUGGUGUGCCUGUGGCAGAAGUGAGCUCUACAGUUGCAUCAUACCAUUGCUUAGUCUUCAAACCAGCAGAUACACUCACACUUGAAGCCUAUUCUGAUGCGGAUUGGGCAUGCAAUCUUGAUGAUAGAAAAUCAACCAUAGGCUUUUGUGUCAUGCUUAGAGGAAAUUUGGUCACUCGGGCAUCGAGGAAACAAACUGCUGUAGCUUGUUCCAGUACUGAAUCCGAGUAUAGGUCUCUUUCAACAACUGCCACAAAAGUUGUCUGA